GAAUGAGGGAGGUAGUGAAGAAGAGAGGAAAAAGAGAUAGUCACAGAAGGACUAGAGGAGACAAGGAAAGAAGCCAUUUUGGUUCUGCCUGUCCUCUUGUCUUUCUGACGUCUUUCUGUCGUCUUCUUGGCUGUCUCGUCAUCCGGAGACGGAAGAGGUGGAGAGACGAGGCCCGUCUGCUGGUUAGACUGGUGGACAGAGGGCAUCUAGGACCAGGACCAACCCAGACAGACCAAGAGACUUGGAUCCUCAGUAACUCAGACGUCGGUGUCUCUGGUUAGAGAGGAGAAAGUCAGCUGGACGGACUCUGGGACAUUCAGAACCAAGGAGACGUGAAGAAGACCAGGAUGAGUUUGCCCUACAAGUCAGAGGUGAUGGGGUGGAGUGCUCAGCAGCUGGCAGAAUAUCUGAGGAAGAUGAACGUUCCCGGUUGUGACGACGUCGUGCUGAGGAACUCCAUCAGUGGCUCUAAGUUUGUGAAUCUGUCGGAUAACGACCUGCAGAGGUUCCCAAAGCUCCAGGCUCCGAUGAUCUCCAGGAUCCGUAACGACAUCAGCAAGAACAACGAGAAGAAACCUCUGUUCGGGAAGAAACCGAUGCCGAAGUCCCACGAACCAGUGUCACAACCAGAGGCGAGUACUGGAGGAGGAUGGGACGACAACGAGUUUGAUGAAGAUGAUGACUAUGAGAGUCCGUACAGUGAUGACGGGAGCAACGGGGGGGACUACGAGUCCCCAACAGAAGACUCCAUUGGGGACUACGAGCCCCCCCCCAUUGAACCCUCAGAGGACCACAACCUGUGUCCCUCCCAGCCCAUCGGAGACGGGGAUUACAUCGACAGGAUAGACAACCGCCCACCCCCUGUUGUGUGUCCCCGUCCUUUCGUCUCCACGAAGUCCACUCUGAAGCCUCCGAUCCCUGGUGAUUUGUCCUCCAGAAGAGACUCCUCCCCUCUGCGGAAGUUUCCUCCUGAGCCACCGAAGGUGUUACGUGACAUCAAACCUGGCAGAGGCUCCAGAAGCCUCACAGGUAAUCUGAACCUGAUAGAAAGAAAGCCUCGACCACCGGAUUAUGGAGCAGAGCCUCAUUCCAGCUUGCAGGACAGGCUGAGUACACAUAUCUUGAGGUCUCAGCCAGACGCCUCUGAUCUGCCCACCAAGCCCAAACCUCCUGGUCCUCCUCCUUUUUCCAUCAACAGGAGCAACUCUUCAGCCUGGGCCCCCCCCAGCAGGGCUGAUGGACCACCUGAGCUUCCUCAAGGUAAAGUUCAUAAGAACCACACCUUCCCUUUGCACAAAAACCUGCCGCCCCGCCCGGAAAUUCCCGGAGUUUAUCCAUACCAAGCUGACAGCUACCGACCAGAACACUCUUCGGCCUCUCUGCCCCCCACGCUGCCAUCAGGAUUCGAAAGGCUGACCCAUCCUGCUGCUGCAACAUCCACUGUGGUAACACACACACACACACACACACACACAUGCACAUGCACACACACACACCACACGCGCACACACACACGGUUCACCCCUGUGUGGUUACAGGAUCUGGACUCCCGCUGGUACGUUGGGAAAGUGACCCGUGGUCAGGCUGAAGACUGUCUGAAGCAAGUUCAUAAGGACGGAGCGUACCUGGUGAGGGACAGCACCAAGCAGCAGUCCAACCAGCCAUUCACUCUCAUGGUCUUCUACCAGGACAAGGUCUUCAACAUCCAGAUCAGGCAGCAAAACCAGCAGUACCAGCUGGGAACCGGACUCAAAGCCCAGGAGUGUUUCCCAUCAGUCUGUGACAUCAUCAGCCAUUACUCCCAGUCCCCUCUGGUCCUGAUUGAUGCCAAAAACCGCAGCUCGAGCCACCAGAACCAGUGUCUGCUCUCCGACCCGGCUGGGUACUACAUGAAGAGGCAGAACUGGUCCUGAUUAACGUGGCCACCAAACUAACCCAGAGGUGUUGCUCCGUUCGGUUCUGAUUCCUGCCCUCUGGUUCUUCUGGGUUCUGAACGGAUCUUUUCUGUGCUGAAGUGAUUUGUUUUGCUUUUGAAUGAAGGUGGUUUUCAUCCUAAAUCAUAUCAAUCAAACUGUUUUUUUUUUCAUGAGCUUGAAGACCUUUUAUUUCUGGUUUGAUUUCUUCUACAUUUAGUUUACUAUAAACGUUUGUUUUCCUGCUGAUCUUUAAUAAAACAUCUGUUUCAUCUUU